AUGAUGCUAUCUACAAAGGCCUUGGCCUUGGCCAUCAACUGUUUUUUGCCACUUGCCGCUGCGGCUAGUUAUGACUACUGCGCCUGCCAGACAAAGACUGACGGGGCCCUUGACGAUACUAAAACAUCGCUCGUUGCUAAGUCGUGCGGUGACUCUUACAGUUUUGUUUACGGUCCGGCGAUUGAUGACGCGAAUUCUAAGCAGCCCUGGCUUAGACGUGAUAAAGCUGCUGGGCCAAGAUUUCAAGGAUUAUUUCUACAAAGCAUUUUUGGCAAGAUCGAAGGAAACCUGUUCUAUAAUCUAUGCAGGGAUGUUGGGGCUGCAGAUAGUUCGUGUUUCAAUUGUGCAAGGCUCCAGCAGAGUGGUCCAAGUCAGGGAGGAACAUUUCAGUGCACUGAGUAA